AUGUCUUUUAAGAACAGAGGAGGAGAUUACUAUUUUACUCCACGAAGUGUAACUUCUAGAAACUCUGUCUUUUUCUUGUGCCUCGCAAGUUUCUGCCUUGGAAUGUUCUUCACUAACAGGAUGUGGAAUGUUCCUGAAGCCAGAAGCAUUUCAAGACUCUCCAAACUAAGCUUAAGAUCCGCUGACUGUGAUAAAACUAAUGUUUUGGAUUAUGGUAACAACACUAUCGGGAUAUUAGAUAAAUCCAUUUCAAGUUUAGAGAUGAAAUUAGUAGCUGCCAGAGCUGCACGAGAGUCUUUGUUCGAAAAAUUUAACAUUUCCAGACAAGUCAAGGAAAGAAAAUACUUCAUGGUUAUCGGUAUUAAUACUGCAUUUAGUAGUCGUAAGAGACGUGACUCAGUCCGGUCAACAUGGAUGCCACAAGGAGAGAAGCUUAAGAAACUUGAGGAAGAGAAAGGAAUCAUUGUUCGGUUUGUAAUAGGACACAGUAUGUUGUCUCGCGGGAUUCUAGAGAAAGCUAUUGAAGCAGAGGAGAAAACACAUGGAGAUUUCCUGAGACUAGAACAUACUGAGGGAUACAUGGAGUUAUCCGCCAAGACGAAGACGUUUUUUGCUACGGCUGUUUCAUUGUGGGACGCAGAAUUCUACAUCAAAGUCGACGAUGACGUUCAUGUGAAUCUUGCUACUCUCAAGACGACUUUAUCUGUUUACCGAACCAAGCCUCGGGUUUAUGUUGGAUGCAUGAAGUCUGGUCCCGUCGUAGCCAGAAAGGGUGUGAAGUACCAUGAACCGGAACAUUGGAAGUUUGGAGAGGUCGGGAACAAGUAUUUCCGCCAUGCCACGGGACAGUUUUACGCGGUUUCUAAGGAUCUAGCAACCUACAUAUUGAUAAACCAGAACUUGCUGCAUAAGUAUGCAAAUGAGGAUGUUUCCUUGGGAUCUUGGUUCAUCGGACUGAAUGUGGAACAUGUUGAUGACAAAAGACUCUGUUGCAGUACUUCUCCUCAAGAUUGUGAACUAAAAGCAGUGAUGGGUAAUGUUUGCGCGGCUUCGUUCGACUGGAGAUGCAGCGGAAUCUGUCGGUCGGCCGAGAGAAUGGCCGAUGUUCACGAACGUUGUGGCGAACCUGAAAAUGCGUUAUGGACCUCAAAUUCCUGAAAACAAUAAAUAAAGAAAACAAGAUUUAUUACUACAGUACUACGACUAUAAUAAUAGAAAAUCAUACGAACAAGCUAUUAGUUGGAGACUAUAAUUCGAGUAAAGCUAAUUCUGUUUUUUUGUUUGUUUGUUUGGGUGUUAUAGUU